GAAGACUUGGUUCGAAAUCGCUGUUUUGAUCGGGGAAAAGUUUUGGGUUUUUUUGAUUUUGACAGAAAAGUAUGAAUACUUUGAAGAUUGGGUGUAACCAUGAAAUGGUUUACAAUAUGAAAAGUAGAGAAUUUGGUGGUGCAACACAACAACAGCCAUGGCAAGUUGGAAUUACCAUUUUGCCUUCAGAAAUGGAGGCAAAAGAGACUCAUCAGGAUCAUCAACAACAGCAACAAGAACAAGAUCAUCAACGGCAACAGAUGAUAACUUAUAGACAAGAAAAUUCAUCUUGUAGUAAGACGAUCAUGGAACAGAUCGGAUCGCCAUCUUCUGCGCUUUAUGCAACGGAAAAAUACUUGGGGUUUUCGCAGAACGGUGUUCAUCUAUCUUUUAAUGACGAAACUGAUGUUUCUUCUGUACCCCAGAUGAAGUUUGAUGCUUAUAUGCAUCCUCUUGAAAAACCUCGAGAUAGUUUCAGCUUUGGUUCUUACGAGAGACCGUACAAGAUGAGGUGCAAUAAUCCAUCGGAACGGGAUCAGAUUAUGGAGCUAAAAAGAAAGCUACUUGAUGAAUCUGAUACUUCUGAUUGGAGACAAUCACAACCCUCUAUUUGUUAUGAUGGAAACCAGGAUCUUGGGGGUCAAUUUGGUCAUUCUGGGCAGACGGGUAGACCGCCUUCCGGACAAGUUUCGAUCAACUGUGCGAAUCCUGGAACUGUUGGUACGAUUAUGCCGAGUAAGACACGAAUUAGAUGGACUCAAGAUCUCCAUGAUCGGUUCGUGGAGUGUGUGAGUUGCUUAGGUGGUGCUGAAAAGGCAACUCCCAAGGCAAUUCUGAAACUGAUGGACUCCGAAGGGUUGACAAUCUUUCAUGUGAAAAGCCAUUUGCAGAAAUACCGAAUAGCCAAGUACUUACCGGAAUCUGCAAAAGGAAAUUCUGAGAAAAGAACUAGCAUGGAUACCAUAUCGCAGAUCGAGAAUAUUACUGGCAUGCAAUUUAAGGAUGCACUGCAAAUGCAACUUGCUGUACAGAGGCAACUCCAUGAACAGCUAGAGAUUCAAAGGAACUUACAGUUGCGGAUAGAAGAACAAGCAAAGCAACUAAAGAAGAUGUUCGAUCAGCAACAGAAAGCUAACAAGUCCCAGAAUUCAGAAAUCACAUCGUUACAUGAUGAUCACCACGCCAUGAAUCUUGAAGACGACGAUAUUUUGAAUUUGGAAGUUGAUUCCGAGAAUACCCUUUUCCCAUCGAAGAUUAGUUAGAUUUCCGUCUGGAAGUUAAGCUAAAAACAUGUUUGAUCGAAUAUCCAUUUGUGUUUAAGAGUUGCGGCAAAAUGCACGAAUUUAAUUCCCAUUUACAUGAUGAUCAAGAGGCAAAAGUUGCAGCUGACCAAAGAGAAGCGCUUUUCUGAAUCAAGUUCGAAAUCCCGAUUGUAAAGCACCGUGUGUCUGUACUAGAUGACUACACUGUUAUCUUGUGUACAAAUAAGAUCUGACAAUCAAUAAGAACUAUAUGCAAUUCAUUUUGAGA